ACCACUACAACCAAGCCAACACCAACCACGCCAAAACCAACCACCUCUACAACCAAGCCAACACCCACUAUGCCAAAGCUCACAGCCACCACUACAGUAAAGCCAAAACCUGUUACAGCCAAGCCAACAUCCACCACACCAACAUUUACCACCACUACAGCCAAGCCAACAUCCACUGCUGUAACAUCAGCAAAGCCAGAAUCCACCACCACAACAAAGACAGAACACACCAAAACUGAAAGUCCCGAUUAUAUUGCAACAACUGGGUUAACACUUUCCUUUGAGCCCACUUUAGACUUGGAUUAUAGAGCAUCUCCAGAAGCAGAGUUAGAUACUGAAGAGCCUGUUGCCUCCUUAGCUACAGAAAAUCCAGACUUAUUAGAAAGUAUGGGCACAGCCAUCAGUCCCAAAUCAGUCCCAGAUACAAAUAAUGGUGUGAAAGAGGAUGAGAGAGAGAAAUCAGCCUUCUUUUCCAGUCCAACUCCAUCCCCCAGCCAGAUUAUUCCAGAGAUCAAGUUAGGUUUCAAUAAAGCUGAGCUCAUAACCUCCUCAAAGUCAGUGGUCUCCAGCCCUGAAGAACCCAUCUUCAUGCGUUUAACGUCAUCUUCCAAAGAAAAGGGGCAGAGCCCUGCUUUCCAGACCUCCCUCUCAGCAGAUGCCUCGAAUGCUGAAGAGCUGGAGACAAACUCAGACCAUGAAGGCAAGCAGCAGCCCACAGCUGGAGCUCCCAGCACCCACAGGGGCCUUUUGCUCCUCCUCCUGCCCUGUGUCAUCCUGGUGGGCCUUCUGCUUUGAACAGACUUUCUCAGCUGUCCCUGCACCGGUCGCCAAGGCUUUCUUCAGCAUGGUUGUCCCACCACCCUGGUAGGCUUGGGAGACACCACGGGCAGUUCAGGUUGACUCACUCUCUUCUUCCUCUGGCUCACCCGCUCCAGCCCUGCUGUGCCGAGGGCUACUGGCCAUCACAUGGGCACUCAGUGCCCUUCCUGAGACAGCCCAGGGGCAGAAGGGUGUCUGCCAUCACACUAGUGAACUUGGGUACCAAUACUUCUCCCUUCUUCCCAGCCAGCCUGGGCUUCUGCUCUGUUUCCAAUAGCAGACGAUAAGCUCUCGUUGCCCUGUGUGGCCGGCAGGUCCUGCUGCACCACGUCCUGGGGAAACCAGAAUGCCCUGGAAACCCAAGUGGCAAUGGGACAUGGAGGUUGGCUUUGGUAUUUGUUUGGAGGCAAGACACGAUCAUUGCGUCUGAUGUCUGUGUAUCAGGAUGGAUUUCUACCAGAAAUGCUCUCUUUCUCUCCUCGUGUGUCUGUUUGUCUCAGUUUUGGAGAAGUGUCACCUCUUCCUUCCUUGUCCAAAAAUGGCAUUUUUGUCCACAGAAGAGGUUUGUGUUUCCUACUUCUGGGUAGAGCUAUGGCCAGUGUCUAGACAUACUCCUUCUCCUGCCAUCCCUCUGCAGUCUUUACCUCCUUCCUCACUUCUGCUCCAACAGUUACUCCGUUGCCAUGCCUUUAUUGGACGCGUGUGCCUGCACGUGUGUGCCUGCACAGAAGAAAAACCUCCAGCACAGGAGAGGAGUUACUGCUCCUUUCUUCUGCACGGCUUCCCUCUUUGCAGAACUUAAGUGUACGACGUAUUUGCAGUUAGAUCCAGAUCCUGGUGGAUGUAUAUAUGUGGGUCCAGGAGGAAAAAUAAUCAGGUCUGCUGGUGCAGUUUCAGCUUGAGAGAGCCAAGUGAAUGACGUUAGAGGGUACCGGUGCUUCCAGGACUUGUUGCAGGAUGGCUUUCAUUCUCUGGAGCACUGUGUGUUGUAUUCCUCCAUGUUUCUGCUCUGUUCACCUGAAGAUUCCCAGCAGGGGGUGUUAAAUGUGGGGCAAGUUUUGCAGCCCAGCAGAAGGGACGAGGAGAUCGAGUUCUUCUCUGGUUGCUGCAUUCUUUGGUUUAUUAAACAGAUGAGGUGGAGAUAAGUCCAAUGUCUGAGUCCUCCUCCUGAUGCUGUGUGCUGUGCAUCUCCAGAGCAUGCACUGAAUAAAUCCUGUUCUGAAAGUC